GCAGAUACAUAUUGGAAUCUUGACCGCCUGCUCUUUUGAGCAGAUUCUGCCAAGCAGCUUUUUGCGUCCUCGAUAAGUACAGUGCCGGUCUUUAUUUUUCUUGUCCUCCGUGGAGCAGAAAUUCUUCAAGAUUGUUGAGCAUCCCGUGGCCUGCUCUGCUUUUGACAGUUGGUCGUCAAGUACGUUCCUUGCGACGUUGUGGUGAGUUGAAAACAUCAUCAUGGCGCAAAAGCCCGUUAUCGGCCUUCUUGGCGGCGGCCAGUUAGGAUUGAUGCUUUGCGAAGCAGCUGGACCUCUGGGCACUGUCGAAAUUGCAGUACUCGAUGCCGAAGACUGCCCAGCGAAACAUGCGGCGAGAAAGAAUGGGCUGCACGUUACUGGAUCAUUCAAGGAUCCUGCCAAAAUCAAGGAGCUCGCCGCACGUUGCGAUGUACUCACUGUGGAAAUCGAGCAUGUCGAUACCGAAAUCCUCGAGGAGAUUGCAACCAAAGGCGUAGAGGUUGAUGGAAAAAUGAAGAAGGUGCCCGUCCACCCUUCAUGGAAGACCAUUCGCCUCAUCCAGGACAAGUACCAACAGAAGGAGUACUUUGGCCAAAAGGGCAUCCCUAUCGCCGAGCAAAUGGCCAUCAAGUCUGGAUCCGAGCGCAAGGCUUCGCUACACGAAGUCGGCCAGAAAUUCGGUUUCCCAUUCAUGUUGAAGGGCAGCAAAGGAUCCUACGAUGGGCGCGGGAACUUCAAAAUUCGAACCGCACAGGAUUUUGACAGCGUCGCAGAGCAAAUGGGCGACCAGCCGCUGUAUGCCGAGAAAUGGGUAACCUUCGACAUGGAACUCGCCGUCAUGGUGGUGCGCGUCGAGGACGAUGAUGGAAAGCUGAAUCGGGUCCUGCCUUACCCUGUCGUGGAGACUGUCCACGAAGACAGUAUAUGCACUAAAGUCUUCUUCCCGCCGAGAAACACCGCGGUCACAGAAGAAAUCAAGAUACAGGCGCAGAAAGUAGCCUGCGACGUCGUGGCAAGCCUUUGGGGUCGAGGAGUGUUUGCGGUGGAAAUGUUUCUCAAAGAUGGCCAAAUACUUGUGAAUGAGGUGGCCCCGAGACCUCACAAUUCGGGACACUAUACGAUAGAAGCUGUCCACCAAAUGUCGCAGUACAAAGCACAGCUCGUUUCUAUCCUUAACAAGGUCCCGAAGAAUUUGGAUCUAAGUCCUACAGUUUCAUCCGCUAUUAUGCUCAACAUUCUUGGUGGCGCCGAGCCCACGUCUCACGAUAGGUUAGCCAAUCUUGCCGAAGAGCUGACGAGCAAAUACAUGCACGUUUUCCUUCACCAAUACGGAAAGGAGUCCAAACCAGGCAGGAAGAUUGGUCACAUCACGGCUACUGGAUCCUCAAGCAUUGGCCAGCUGGAGGAACGUGCAAGGCCUCUUAUUACAUGCGUUGAUGAGAUCAGGGCCGAGAGAGUCGGCGGGAGCCCGCCGGCAGGUACUUCAAGCCAGGGGUCGAAGCCUGACCCCCUCGUGGCCGUAACGAUGGGAUCUGACUCUGACUUAAACGUUAUGAUCAAGGCCACGGACAUCCUGGAGGAAUUUGGCGUUCCCUACACAUGGAACGUGACUUCAGCCCACCGAACACCGGAGUACAUGGAGCAAAAAGCUGCAGAAUGGUCACAAGGAUCGGUAAAGGUCAUCAUAGCUGGUGCCGGAGGUGCUGCCCACUUGCCGGGCAUGCUGGCGUCGAUAACUCAUCUUCCUUGCAUCGGCGUUCCGGUCAAGGGCUCGACGUGUGAUGGCAUGGAUUCUCUUCUGAGCAUCGUUCAGAUGCCGAGGGGUAUCCCGGUUGCAACCAUGGGCAUCAACAAUGCCACGAACGCAGCUCUAGAGGCCGUCAGAAUACUGGGCAACACAUACCCGGAAUAUGUGGACAAGAUGCGAGCUUACCAGAAAAGAAUUAAGGUUGAAGUGCUGGCCAAGGAUAGGAAGGCCCAAGUGACAAGCCCUAGGGAUUAUCUGAAGGGUAUGUAGAAGCAAGGGAUGCACAUUGUAGGAAGGCAAUCAAAUUUAUUGAUAUCGACGGCUCACAAGUUGAGAAAUGAAAGC